AUGCUGCUGGUUGAGAGUGCGAAGGAUCUUUAUGAUGUCGAUUGGACGGGGAAGAUGGAUCCAUACGUCAAGAUUCGCUUGGGUGGUCGGGAGUUCCGCACCCAGGUGAUGACUAAUGCAGGCAAGAAGGCAAAGUUUCAUUGGGCGCAGAUGAUUGACUGGCGAGGGGAGCCUGACAUUCACUUCCUUGCCAUGGACAGCAACAUAUUGGUUGCUGAUGGACUUAUAGGAGAGACUGUCUACAAGGGCCUUCCGCUCCAUUCCGACUUCGAAGGAUCCUUGGAGCUGAUACGCCCCCAUGCGUUUGGUGGCUGCAAGAAGGCUGGAAAGCUGAAGAUUGGAAUCAAAUGGCAACAUGGAAAGCCCCACGGAGCUCCUGGACCGGCAGGUUACGUACAUGGCACCCCUCAUGGUGCCAUACCUGGCAUGCACCACGGCCCACAUGCUCUACCUGGCCCAUCACAUGUGCCUCACGGCUACGGACCUGCCGCUCAUGCAGGUGCAGGAGCCAUGGGUAUCGGCGCAGCAGCUGCUGGGCAGAUGCUUUUUCACGAGGCCUUUGGCCAUGGAAAGAAAAUCAAAAAGGACAAGAAGGAGAAGAAGUUCAAAGUGAAGAAGCUGAAGAAGCACGGUUCCAGCUCCAGCUCCUCAUCCAGCAGUUCGUGA